GCGGGGUCAGGCGGUUUGAACGAGACGAAGACGGAACCGGAGCCGGGUACGGGCAGCGGACGCGGUCGGACCGAGAGCCGGAGACGGCGCCGCCUGAUGAUUCAAGAGUCCAGGUUUUGGUGUGCAACCUGUAUUGAAUUCCCUGCUGUGCGACCUUGGGCAGAAGAUGGCAGUGAACGUGUACUCAACGUCAGUCACCAGUGAUAACCUCAGUCGACAUGACAUGCUGGCCUGGAUCAAUGAGUCUCUGCAGUUGAACCUGACAAAGAUCGAACAGUUGUGCUCAGGGGCUGCCUAUUGUCAGUUUAUGGACAUGUUGUUCCCUGGCUCCAUUGCCUUGAAGAAAGUGAAAUUCCAAGCUAAGCUAGAACAUGAAUACAUCCAGAACUUCAAAAUACUACAAGCAGGUUUUAAGAGAAUGGGUGUUGACAAAAUAAUUCCUGUGGACAAAUUAGUAAAAGGAAAGUUUCAGGACAAUUUUGAAUUCGUUCAGUGGUUCAAGAAGUUUUUUGAUGCAAACUAUGAUGGAAAAGAGUAUGACCCUGUAGCUGCCAGACAAGGUCAAGAAACUGCAGUGGCCCCCUCCCUUGUUGCUCCCGCUCUGAACAAACCGAAGAAACCUCUCAGCUCUAGCAGUGCAGCUCCACAGAGGCCCAUUGCAACACACAGAACUACUGCAACCCCUAAGGCUGGCCCGGGUGUGGUGCGGAAGAAUCCUGGUGUAGGGAAUGGAGAUGACGAGGCAGCUGAAUUGAUGCAGCAGGUCAAUGUAUUGAAGCUUACUGUGGAAGACUUGGAGAAGGAGAGAGACUUCUAUUUUGGAAAGCUGAGGAACAUCGAGUUGAUUUGCCAGGAGAACGAGGGGGAGAACAACCCUGUGCUGCAGAGGAUUGUGGACAUUCUCUACGCCACAGACGAAGGCUUCGUGAUACCUGAUGAAGGGGGCCCACAGGAGGAACAGGAAGAGUAUUAAUAGCCUGGACCAGCCGAGCAACAUCUGAAUUCUUCACUCCAAAUCAUGUGCUUAACUGUAAAAUACUCCCUUUUAUUAUUCUUAGAGGACUCACUGGUUUCUUUUCAUAAGCAAAAGUACCUCUUCUAAAAGUGCACUUUGCAGAAGUUUCACUCCUUUUCCAAUAAGUUUGAGUUAGGAGCGUUUACCUUGUAGCAGAGCAGUAUUAACAUCUAGUUGGUUCACCCAGGGAACAAAGAGGCUGACCAUGGGGCUCACUUUGUGGAUGCUGGUAGCACUGAUAGCUGGAGAAGGUGGAGACCUCAGUAGAGAAAUGUAAAGACUGAUUUGAAUUUUAAGUUAAUGUGAAAUCUUGGCAGAGAACGUUUUAAUAAAUAAAUGCCUUAAGAGUAUUUAAAAGAUGCUUCCAUAUUUCAAAAUAUAAGAUGUGUGUUUGACAUUGCGUCUGGGAAGGAAGAGCUGGAACCUGGAGCCUUUGGGACCUGCUGUUCCCAGCCUUCGCAGGACUGCUUGAUCCUCAUAAGCCCAGAUGUUGGCCCAAAAGCAAAAUUUGAAAAGUUAUUUUGUAAGCCAUUUUGAUGUCCUUGACCAGUAGCAUGCCUGCUAAGAAGCAAGAGGCAUUGUUGCCUGGAUGAAUAGAGGGUGUGUUUCAGGCCUGAGACGUCUGAGUCAAAGAGCUUGAUUUUCAUUGAGCAUUUCUCUGGUGAUUUUUCCAGUUAUCCCUGAUAAUUCUGUGUACUGUGCAUGUUUUUUUUUUUUUUGAAAUGAGGUGUGUCCAGUUUUUAAACCUAACAGCUACUUUUGGGGACUUGCCCACAUCUCUGGGAUUUGAAUGGGGGCUGUGUCCCGUUUUACUGUCUUUUAAGUUUACAUUUAACAUGUUCCUCUUCUCUGCUCCCCUUGCCCACCGGGGACUCCUCUUUGGCUCCUUAAAAUUUGCUGCUUAGAGUGGAAGUUCAGCAGGCAGGUGAUCAUACUGCAAGUUCUUUCUGGACCUCUGGCAAAGGGAGUGAUCAGUGAAGGCCACCACUCCCUUGGGAUCUGCAAGGCUGGGUGUUUUCGGUACCUGCUGUCCACAGCCCUCCACUGUUAUCGGAAUACUUUGCCAGUGCACUAAUCUCUUUGGAGAUAAAAAUGUUAGCGUGUUACUAAAUGUUAAUUUUCUUUUGCAGAAAAUAGAGUACCAUGUCUGAAUUAAUUAUUAAUAUUUAAAAUAUUUCAUUCCUUAACCCCCUCAUUUGCUUUGCUCACAGCCGACUCAGUUCCUUUGUUUGGCAGAAUUCUGCGACGUGUGUGUCCCCCACUGCUGAGACUGUUCAGCCCCUGAUGUAUGUGUAUUGAUUUGUUUCUGGUGGUAGCUUGUCCUGAAAUGUGUGUAGCAAGCAGGUAUUUGAUGAUAAAAUUGUUGUGUAGUGCAUGCUCUGUGUGGAAUUCAGAGGAAAACCCAGAUUCAGUGAUUAACAAUGCCAAAAAAUGCAAGUAACUAGCCAUUGUUCAAAUAACAGUGGUGCUAUUUCUCUUUUGUGGCCUUUUAGACUUUUGUUGCCCUAAAAUUCCAUUUUGUUGGAAACCCAUUUUCCACCUGGUCUUUCUUGACAGGGUUUUUUUUUUUCUAUUUUUAAACAGUUUCUAAAUAAAAUUCUGUAUUUCAAGAGUGUCAUGUCUUCUGAAAUUUGUCUUGCCCUGGGUAUAUUCUUUUAGGUUCAAAUGAUAAGGUAGCCAUGCUUCUUCCUUAAAUUAGGGCUGAUCUUUUGGAAUCCUUCACUGUUUUUUUCAGAUGUGGUUAUUUCUAAGGCUGUUUCUUUUUUCUCCAUUCAAACAGUACACUUCUAAGCCUCCUGCUGUUUUCACACUUUCAUGUUGCUGUGAGAGGGCUUUCAGAAGUGCAGAGCUUGGCCUCAAUGCCAUGAAGCUUCCUCAGGCUGUUUCCUUCAGAGAAAAUCUACAGGACAGAGCUUGGUGGAUACCAUGGGGCAGUACUGUUUUAUUUUUUCCCCUGAAAGUGUGUUUCAAAGUCAGUAAACACAGCCAAUCUGUAACAAUCCGAAAUCAUCUUUAAAAAUUCUAUACUCUAACAAAUGAGUUCAGAAGGUGAUGUGCUGCUAUUUUCAGUAUGAAAUAAAGUUAAAUGGGCAGAAGGUAGUUUUCAGUAUGAUCUUUAUGGUACUGACCACAGUUAGGGAUGAUUUGUAAACCAAACUUCAUGACUUUCGCUAGGAUUACUUCCAUACUUCCUCUAGAAGUUAGCAGUAUGAUGCCUUCACUGAAAUGUUACACCUUCAGAAGGAAUUGGAUACCAUGUGUGUUGAUAAUCUAUAAGAAGAUACAUCCAGGAGUGCAUGGAGUUUGUGAAUAAAAUGUUAAGUAUUGUCAGCUGAGAAGUUACCUUGGAAAGAGUGAAGCUGGUACUGUAUGUACUUCUGAGCUAGUAAGUCCAUUGGCCUGGCUAUUUAGGCUGAGGCACGUAGUAUUUAAGUGGGUCUCAUUUAGGUUAGGUCAUGGGUGCUGUGAUCUUGAAUAAGCUGCUUGGUUUGCUUGGCAAGGCCUGUGUUGUAUGCAGGAUAGGUAAACAGAUGGCUGGAUUUGGAUUUAGGAUUCACUCAUGCUGGUGGUCCUCAGACUGAUGGGUUUCAGAAUCACCUGUGGAACUUGAUUGACAUAAAGUUUCUGAAGUCCAAUUGGCAGAAAUUCUGAGUUAGGUGAUUAGAAAUCUGCAUUUUAUUAUGUGCUUCAGAUGACCUGGUUUAAUGUAGUCUUCAGAGCUAAUUUUGGUCAUAGCAUUUAUCUCUGCCAGCUCAAAUGUAACUGGCAGGGGUGUAUCAGGUUAGAGUCCUUGUAGAUUGCUCCUAGCUUUGUGACUUUUAGUUAUUAAUAAUUGAUUGCUUGUUCUGACUUGCAAAACAAGGAUGACAGUGGUGACUGCACUGCCUCCCUCACCUGGUGCUUGUUGACAUCAGAAUAAGCUGAGAACCAGAAAAGGUAACCACAGUGUUAGAAAGCACUGCUUGGUUCUUCAGACCCAGUUUGAAGUUUAUGAAUCAGAAAAGCUUAGGCCAGGGGUUUUGAAUCCUGAUAAUUCAGGCAGGCAAUUCUUCAGAUAGGCUUUGAGUAUAUUGUAAAAUUGUAAGUAACAAGUUCUAAUUUUUUUUUUUUUCCCAGCUUGGACGAUUGAGGAGUGCAGCUCCUUUCUUUUGAGACUAUCAUUUUCAUCCCUUUUUUUCCCCCAAGUGAAAUCAUGAUCUAAACACACCUUUUACCUUUUUCUUUUGAAUGAAGAUUUGGUGAUUCAGUAAUUCAGAUUCAUUGAUUUAAAGAUAAGUGUUUUCUUCAGGAUAUAAUAAGGUGUUGGAAAGGAAGCAGUUUCCUUUUGGUAUAACCAAGAUAAGUCUAGGGAAAUUUUUCUUUAAGGAUUGUUUAUGAGACUUGGUAUGAAGAACUCUUCUUAUGAUGGUUACCAUUGUUCAGCAGAGUCUACAAACAAAACCUCAGCGUUAGGCCUGAUCAGCUUGAUCAGAUUAGCUUGCUAGUAUGUGGGUGACCCAGAUCUGACUGCUGUCAGCAGAGUGGAAGUGAUUGCUUUGAGCCAAGCUGAACCUGAGCCUGUCUGUGGUCAGUGUUCCUGAAUCACCAGUCAUUUUGCUGGUCUGGCACUGUUGCCAUUGAUUUAAAAUCAGGCUUAUACUGUAGUUUUGAAUUCAUACGUUCCAGGUACAAAGUUUUAAAACCUGGUGAGUUCAUGUUUAUUUCUGACACUUGCUACUUUUUUCUCAGUUUUCACGUGUGAGGCUUGAGUAUGCAGAGUCCUUUUCUGAAGAAAAGCCCGAAGAAGAAUUCUAUGCUUUUACACUGAACUUGACCAUUACCACACAUGCCUUCAGCCAGAUUGUUAAGCAGCUAUAACUUGUGAAGGUGUUUCCUUUUUAGCUUAAUCUGAGUUGGAAAGCAGUGUUACCUUAGCCUAGCGCACAGCUUUCUGUUGAGGUUGUGGUCAAGUUGCUUCACUAAUUUCAUUAUCUAGAUAAGCAGGUCUAACCUUAGAGUUGGAAUUCUGGGCCCCGUAUUCCAGGACUCUGUAUAUAUACAUAUAGAAAUUUAAAAAAUUAAAAUAACCUAUAUUUCUUUUGAAUUGGAGGCUCCGAGGUUCUGAAGUGUAAAAUGAACGUAGCCUUCACGAACAUGUUUCUGGGGGUAGGAUGAGAAAAAAAGAGGCAGAUCUUUAUCCUGUGAUGAUAGGGAGAGAAAAGCAAGUUAGCCAUCAAAGCCUAGCACUUCAUAAAUGGUGCUGAGAGACUUAGAAUUACAGAGUGAUCUGUUAGCAGUUUGAAAUUCUGUAAGAUGUCUUAACUUAAAAAUUCAAAAAAAAUUUUUCCCUUCUUCCUGGAUGACUGAAUAUUUUUCACAGUCUGUAGGAAUUGGUGAGGAUAGGCUGGAUGCAGGUAUGAAGAAGAGGAGAAAGAACAAUUUACUGUAUUUGCUGAUGUCUUUAAUUUUCACUUCUCGUGGGAGAAUGAGAUUUGGGAAGCCAGUAGUGAGGGUCAUUCCACCAGGGUAGGUCUUAACAAAGCUGUCUUUAUGGCUGUUACUAGUUUCCAGCAGGGACAAAGAUGGGUUUCUAAGACAACCUUCAUGGAUGAUCCACAAACUGCAGUGUAGACUUUUAUAAAAUUAAGCCAGGCUCAAGCAUGCAAGUGGGUGGACUGAAUAUAUAAAGGGAAUAUGUGACUGGAGCCCUUUUCUGACCAUUAUCAAGAGGAACGAAGAAGUGCUGUGAUCAGGAGGCCAAGGGCCAGGAGUUGAGACCAGUGUCCUCCUCCAGGCCCUGCAUCCCUGGUCUGCAGAGCUUUUCUUUGCCUCAGUUAGGAGAUGAGUGAGGAUGGUUUCCCUGGGAUCCCCUCUGAGCCAGGAAAAAUUACUUAGAUCUGUAAAAGCCAGCAGGAUACCGGAGCCAGAAAGAGUGGGAGAGUGCCCAGUUCCAGCAACUGUUGCUUCUGGAGGCCAGGUUUCAUCAGUUAAAACAAUUUUGGUUCAAAAAAAAGCACAGUGUUUUUCAGCAUCAAUGACAUUUUGUGUGUGAAAAUUUGAAAAAACUCGCAAUGACAGUGAAAUGGUUUGUAAAGUGUACAUCCUUUUGUGUUUCAAUAAAAGUUUUUGACCCUGAAAGAAGAGAUGUUGACAGGUGAAAUAAAAAGUGGCUCAACACGUGAGUUUGGCUCUCUCCUGCCCCUACCCUCCCCCCAUAGGCUGGAAGCUGCAGGGAGAGCUUUGCUAAUGUAGCCGUUCCUGGCCUGCCAUUUAGUGCAGGAAUCGAAAUGUAUUGCUCCCACCAGAUCCGUCAUGGUUUGUCCUUGUCUAAUCUUGAGUGACCUUCAGAUUUCUUUCCUCUCUUGCUUGCUUCACAGUUACUUUGUCACAUUCUUAUUUUAUAUUUCUCCUGAUCAGGCUCAUUUAUAUAUUUUGGAGUAGUUCUAAUGAUUUUAAGAUCCAGUGUACCUCAAGGUUGUCUGGGUUUUUUGCAUUCUAAAGGUUUCUCACCAGAUAUUGCCUUUUUUUUUUUUUGUAUUUUAUGUGUUUUUCUACAAAAUAAUGUGAGUUAAAUAUGUGUAAUUAUAUAUGACUGCUGUUUUUACUUUGAAAUUUAAAUGCUACCGAGAAGAAUGGAAUAAACUUUUUUUUACAGGUAGCUGUAGGCGAAUCCCAACUUGCCCCUGUGUGUGCCCCUCCCUCCCUACUAAUUUUAAAAGCGGAGAGAAGAAACAAUUAUGUUGAAUGAAAUAAAGUUAUUUUAAAAAAAAUUCCCC